AUGGAUAAAUUUUUAUUUGGAAAACAAUCUACUUCUACGGCAGAAGAUGAUGAACCUUGCACAAGCAGUAUUGCUAAGAAAAGAAAGAUUGUGAAUAGAAAAUACUCCGAAGACUACAUUCGUUAUGGCUUUUAUUGGUGCGGCGAUGAAGCGGCUCCGAAACCAUUAUGUGUAAUUUGCAACGAACAAUUAACAAACGACUCAAUGGUGCCCAGUAAACUAAAUGGCCAUCUAACUUCAAAACAUCCGAAUUGUGCUAAAAAGGAUAUGUCAUAUUUUCAAAGGCUUUUGGCUCAAAAUUUAAAACAAAAAAAAUUUAUGAUGUCGACCGUAUUUGUUUCCGAUAAAGUAGUAGAAGCUAGCUAUUACAUUGCAAAAUUAAUAGCUCGUGAAAAGAAACCUCAUACUAUUGGAGAAAAACUUAUUAAACCAGCAUGUAUGGAAAUUGUGCGAGUUAUGCUUGGACCUAAAGAGGUUCAGGAAGUGAGUAAGGUUUCACUGUCAGCUGAAACUAUUAAAAGACGUAUUGGCGACAUGUCAACAGAUAUUUUGAACACGCUUAUUUUGAAAUUGAUCGCAGCUAACAAUUUUGCUCUUCAAAUUGACGAGUCAACGGAUAUUAAAAAUCAAGCACAAUUAAUUGCAAUUUUACCAGAGUUUAUUGAAAAACUUGAAACACCGGCAGAUUUAUUUUCUGAGAAUCUCAUACAAACUAUAACAAAUCAAUCUAAUUUUAAGUCCGUACAAGACAACAUAAACAAACCCGCUAACAUAACCAAACAAGAAAUGGAGCAAUUGAUUGGCAUGAUAAUAUUCAUAUCUAUAGAUUUAGUUACGAUUUUGAUAUUUUUGCUGAAUAUGCACCAGACAUGGGUGUUAGCGGCAAUGUCGUGA